GCAUGUCCGAGUCCAACCUGUUGGCAGUACCGAGCGAAGCGGCCGUGGUGGAUCGGCUGAUCGCCCACUGCGAUGGCUACGACGUUCGCCGCCAAUUUGAGCAGUUUGCAGCCAUGUUCGUACGGUUGGCUCAGUCUGUUGGUGUAUUAAUCCUCUCGCCUGCGCAUUUUUACGCUAGCCACGCAGACUUGUUUAGUGAUUUUGACGUUGGCGACGAGCACUCACACGACAGACACGCGUUGUUCCAGGCAUAUGAAGCCAUGUUUGAAAGCAUCCUGAACGAAUUUUUAACGCGCGAGCAGGUAUAUAUACCGUCAACAGUGCCGCGUCGACUGGAGACACAUGCUACCAAUGUGAGGCUUGCAAACGUCCUUGGUGAUGUUGGUAGGUAUCCCCUGCCGACUUCUACCACCAGAUGACAUCGCUUCAAAAUGAUCUUGACUGCCCCAACGCCGCUCUCAACUUGGCCAUGGUGCUGUCGUCGGCCCUCAACUUCGACGCUUUUGGGUUGCUCAUGCAACGAGAAGCAAUCGCCCAACAGCAAGCGUCCAAAGAAGCCGACGACAUGGGUUUAUUCGGGUCGUAGUAGCCAUGUCAUUAUUCUCCAUCCAAUACAACGUACUUGGUGAAUGUCUUCAACUGC